ACCCUCUCCUCCUCUCCUUUUUCUUCCCCCUGUCUGCCCUCUCCUCUCCUUCCCCUCCUCCUCUCUCUCCAUCGACAGCAAGACCUCAUGGUGGGAGCAAAAGGCAACGAUAAUGAACAACGUAGGUGAUUGCGAUAUGACAGAAGUGACGACAACUGUUGGGGAGGGGGCAGUAAGGGAGAAGCGAUGGUUUGUGUAAUUUUUGAAUUAGGAAUACUUUUAAGAAAAUUCAAAAGAGGGGAUACUGUUUGGGCAAUAUUCAAAAUCACAGGCUUGAUCGUUCCCCUCCCAUGGCGGCGCCAGCGUCGGAGGUGAUCCCGGUGGUGGACCUCCGCCUACUCUCCCAGGUGGAGAUCAACUCCCUCUCCCUCUCAUGUCCCAACGCCUUUGACCUCCGCCGCUGCGACGACGUCGUCGUCCCCAAAAUCGACCGCUCUGUCUUCAAUGAGAGUGCCGGAAGCCGCAAGCAGACCUACUCACGCCUCCGCCUCGGCCCCCACAAGCCCGACCCCGCCGCCCCCUCCACCGUCGCCAGCCGCCGCCCCCGAGGCCUCUUUUCCCCGUCCCCUUCCUCCUCCUCCGCCGCCGUCCCCAUCGAUUCAUCUCUCCCCCAAGCUAGCAACGCUAACGAUGACGAUCCUGGUCGCCGCGAGAACCUCCAGAUCGUUUUCUACCUCCGCCAGCUCUUCGCUCGGGAGGAGAACGCUUCCCAAACCCUAAACAUAUCUUACUCCACCCCAGCCCAGGCAAUUCCUAAUCAAACAAAUGGAAACGGCCUGCAGGAGCCUGGGAGGGCGGAGUUGGCAUUGGUUGUGGUUGAGGAUGGGGAUCGGGAGGUCUUGAAUAGAAAUGGUCAGACUGUCGAUCUAAUUGCAUUAGGGCAGAAGGUGGAUCCAUUUUCCGAGGAGCUUAGGCGGAGGACGGUAGGGUUGACGACGGAGGAACAGCUUCUGAGCUUCAUGAGUGGAUUGGAUGGUCAGUGGGCAAGCCGGAGGCGGAGGAGGAGGAUCGUGGAUGCUUCGGGGUUUGGGGAUCACUUGCCAAGAGGAUGGAAGCUGCUGCUUGGUCUCAAGAGGAAGGACGGUGAUGUUUGGGUGUAUUGCCGGCGAUACAUUAGCCCAUGUGGAAAACAUUUUGUUUCCUGCAAAGAGGUAUCUUCAUAUAUACUCGCUCUUCUUGGGGAUCCAAAUGCUCUGCUACUAGCUCCUAUUGAGAAUAAUGCAAGUACACCAAGGAUCGAAAAGUUAAAUACUGACUAUGCUGCAGGUCCUUCUGUUCAAGAUAAUUAUGCAAAUGACGUACCUAGUUGCUCUACAGUUGUAUCUUUCUCCCCUUCACCUGCUGACUGUGAGAAGCAAAUUGUGUUGUAUAAUUCUGAGAACCAGCAACAGUUGUCGUCCCAGCAAAGGAGUGCAAAGCGACGGAAACUUGGUAAAUUAAUUGAUGAAUGUGUCAUGGUAAAAGAUGGAAACUUUGAAUGCCAAUUUUGUCACAAGAUGUUUACUGAAAGAGAUUGCUACAAUGGCCAUGUUGGAGUUCAUGCGAGGUGUCAAGGUCCGACUUCUGAAGCACUACCAGAUGAGGUUGGCUCAAGAGAACUCUACAACCCAGCUCCAUUAGCUGCAGUACCGUAUGAGCUCUCUCUGGCUGAAAUAAAGGAGGAGAAUUCUACCCUAAAAUCUGUUGCUGAACUUCAUCUUGCUUCUACAAGUUUGCAGCAUUCAAGGGCAAAUCAUGAAACUGAUCAUGAUUGGAUGGGAACUUUAACUACUAAAAUACCCUUUAGAAGCAAAAUUGUUGAUGUCCUUGUUAAUCAUCGCAGUGUUGAUCAUUGCAAUCCUAAAGAGACUGCUCAUGCUAGCAAUAUCACAGAUGAACAAUUUAGUUCAUGCACAAGCAGUGUGGAUGCUGUAGUGCUACCUGUUGUUAAUGUUACUCAUGUGAAGAUUGCUCAAGAAACCUCUACGACAUCUGCUGAUGAUCAGGUUGAUAAUUGUUUUCACAAACCUAAAGAAACUACUGAGGCUAGCAAUGUUAAAAACAUCAAAGUCAGUGAUGCCAAGAAAGGUGAAGCUACUGAGUUCAAGAAUGUCGAUACAAGGAAUUCCAAGAACAUUGAGCCUAAUAGUGUCCAGGUUGAUUAUCAUGGUACCAAUGGUUAUAACUCUGAAAUAGUUCGUAAUACUGCCAAAGACGUCCAUUGUAGCCCAUGCUUGGAUAUGACAUCUAUUGCACCUCUUGAUAUGACUAACACACCCUGUGGAAUGGGUACUGAAGUGGAAGAAAUUUUCCCCAAAAGCAUGUCCAUUGAAUGCACCAUUAGUGAUUGUAAUGUGACUGGCUAUGAACCCGAUGAAAUUGUUGAGACUAAUAACAGCCUGAGCAUACAUGCCAAUGAUUCCAUCAAGUCAAUCUCCACAGCUUUCAUCAAUAUGGAUAAUGUUGUCCUUGAAAAUUCUAAUGAGCUAGAUGGAUCUUCUUGUGCGGCCAUUUCAGAGAUUGAAAAUAAUGACAUAGAGCAGAAGUUAGACCCAGAAAACCAUUUGAUUAAUCUGUCAGGUAAUAAUUCCAGUUAUGUCAUUGGAAUUGGUGUUGAUGAUACUUUUACUAGCAACAUGGAAGAGAAUGUCCUUGUCGAAAUGGAUAAAUCUAGCAGAAAAAUUGACUUGGCCAGUUCUGGUUCAUUUUGUAGUGAAGAUAUUGUUUCUGAAAGCAUUCUAUCCAUGCAACUCAAUGCCAAUUGUAUCAAUUUACCAUAUGUUGGUGGACACACUAGCGGUGCUGAAAGAAACAGAGACUGUAUGUUUGAUAUCGACAUGAACGAAUCUGUGCUUGGUAAGAUGAAUGUACCUGGUGUUGAGCUGCAUAGGUGUUUUAAUGGCUCAAGUGAUGGAGAUGAAGGGGUAGUUACAUGUGAUGCUGCUCAGGGUACCAAAGGAAAUUCUUUGGAGGUUGAUGUCAAUCUCGGUUCUCCGUGGCUACCUUCUUCUGAUAUCCCUAUUGUUGGUAUGAUCCCUGAUCAGCAGUAUGAAGACAAUGCCAUCGCUGUUAGCCAGAAGGAUAAGCUGUCUGGUUUUGAUCAGCUGACAUUGGAUGCAGUUGAAUCUUCUGAGUAUGUUCAAUUGAAUGGUCAAGAUUCUAUCUCCGUAUGUGAGCCAACCAUUGGAUUGAGUUACGUGACCGAACUCGACAACGAGAGUGUUCAGUUAGGGUGGAAUAUUUCGUUGCAGAGCAACGCAUUCGAGCUGACAUCUGUUUGUGUGUGGUGCAGCAGAGAAUUCAGCCACGUUGCUACGAAUGCCGAAGAAGAAUCUGAUACGCUUGGCUUCAUUUGUCCUGCAUGCAAAGCGAAAAUUUCAGGUCAUCUCAGUGUUCUGAGCAACAGUUCAUCUGGCUAACAGAUAUGAAUACUGACUUCCUUACCAGAAGAGCAGAGCAAAGCAAAGCAAAGUUACUGUCCUUCUUUUCACCGACUAUGAUCGAAAAGCCAGUACAAGUGAUCUAUUGUAAUGUACCCCAUGUCUUGAUCUAGGUAGGUUCCUUACAAGAACAUCUACGGUGUUAGUCAUUUUUUCGGAAAUGGUAAAAAAGAACAGAUUAUAUUUUCAAAUCUGGUUCACUAUUUUGCCAGUUGAAUUAGAAGCUCAUAUGUUCACCAUAUGUCCUGUUAUAUGUUAUAGAAUCUUGAUGUCCGUGGUAGGUUUUAAGAGCUUUUCAGCUUAUAUGGAAA